AUGACACAGCAAGUCGACCCCAGAAACCCAGCCGUCCACGACCAGACUGCCGGUUUUGAGUUUCAGAGCCACAGUGGUGGCCCCGGCGGCAACAACACCAUCUUCUCCUCCGCGCCCGACAACAGCAACAACAGCGGAGGCAACGGUGAUGGGAGUCUAGGAGACCGCUGGCCAUCGCUGUUGAAGGCCCGUCAGGUGGUGCUGGCGUUUAUUCUCGAGACCGCGUCGCGGUCAAAACCUGCGCAGGAAAAGGUCCACAUUGUCAUCCUCCAGGCUUGGCAUCUUUACUUGGCUUAUGCUCGUGCCUACCCUCUCGCCACUGCCUUCCUCUCCUGUCUGGUAGUCCUCUCUGCAGUCCCCAUUCUAAUCUUUGCAUCCAUCACCGGCGCCUCCCUGGGCCUCCUGGUCGGAACCGCAGCCGUCAUCGUCAUCAUCAUCCAAUCCAUCGUCCUCAGCAUCGCAGGGGCCAUCCUCCUCUUUGUCCUAGGGUCCAUUGUCAUCCUGACGGUUUUCACGUUCUUCUGGUUGACUCUCGGGUACUUUACGUUCCAGUUUGUGGGGAAUGUGUAUGAGAGUUUUAAGGAGCAGCGGUUGAGGCAUGCGCAGGAGGAGAGGAAGAAGGAGCAGAGGAAACGCGAGGAGGAGGAUGUUCAUGAGUGGGAGAGGGAGAAUAGGGAGGAUAAGGAGGAUACCCCUUUCGCUGCUGCAGGAGCGACGCGUGAGAAGGAGUUGUGA